AUGUUAAGGAAUCUAAUUUUAAACUCCAUGAUGGCCUCUUUUGUUAACACACAACUACAAUGUAUCUCCAAAACUGCUGCCAUAAAAGCCCAUAGAGCAAAAAAUGAAGAAUUAUUUUGUAAAAUCACAGUAUCACACAGGAAUACAUGGAGGUGUUUAAGGAAAGACUGGAUGUGGGAGUUAGUGCCAUGGUCCAGUUGACGAGGUGCUGUUAGACCAUAGGUUGGAUUCAAUGAUCUCAGACGUCCUUUCCAACCUAACUGAUGCUGUGCUUCUGUGAUUCCAUGUUGAGAUCCUUCCCACCCCGACCAAUAGUGGCGAUCAGCGUUCCUGCCCGGGCCCGUCCGAGCUGCGGCUCUUGGCAGUGUCGGGGCCGCUUCCCGCCGGCUCCGGGACGGGACGGGACGGGGCGCACCUGCGGGAGCUGCCCUGUGCACGCCCGUCCUACAGGUGUGUGUGUCGGUGCACAGAGGGACCCGCGGUGGAGAAAAAGCGGAGGGUUCCCUUACUAAUCACGGCCGCGGAGCUGUGCCGUGGGCGCCGUGCGGGGGCCGAGCAAUUCCCUUCGCAGCCCGGUCCGGCGCGGCCGCUGCUCCCGGGGCGGGGCGGGGCGGGGCCGCCCCUGCCGCCGCCGCGCUCCGCCCGCCCGCCGCUCGAGCCGGUACCCGCGCUGGAGCCGCUGCCGGAGCGGCGGGCCGGGCACCCGCUGCCCUGCCCUGCCGCGCUCCCCGCCGGGCUGACCGCGCUCCCGGGCGCCGCUGAGCCGCCCCCGCCCGCGGUGGAUGCCGCCGGGGAGCGGGCGGAGCGCGCCGCCGGGGAGAGGGGCUGCCGCGGCCGCCGGAGCCCACGUACAUGCGAGUGCCCUCUCCGCUCACCAGCAUGCUUUACUUCCAGAUGGUGAUCAUGGCAGGGACCGUGAUGCUGGCUUAUUACUUCGAGUACACGGACACCUUCACCGUCAACGUGCAAGGCUUCUUCUGCUACGAGGGCGCGUACCGAAAGCCCUACCCGGGCCCGGAGGACCGCAGCGCCGUGCCGCCGGUGCUGCUCUACUCGCUGACCGCAGGCGUGCCCGUGCUGGUGAUUAUCGUUGGAGAAACUGCAGUCUUUUGUCUACAGUUAGCUACAAAGGAUUUUGAAAACCAAGAGAAAACAAUAUUAACUGGAGACUGUUGUUAUAUAAAUCCACUGGUGCGCAGGACCAUCCGAUUCCUUGGAAUUUAUGCAUUUGGACUGUUUGCUACGGACAUCUUUGUAAAUGCUGGACAAGUAGUAACAGGGAAUCUUGCACCCCAUUUUCUUGCACUUUGUAAACCCAACUAUACAGCACUUGGAUGUAAACAGUAUACCCAAUUCAUCAGUAGCGUACAUGCCUGCACUGGAAAUCCAGACCUUAUCAUGAAAGCCAGAAAGACUUUCCCAUCCAAAGAAGCAGCGCUAAGCAUAUAUGCAGCUAUGUAUCUGGCUAUGUAUAUCACCAACACAGUGAAAGCCAGAGGAACAAGGCUUGCAAAACCUGUUCUGUGUUUGGGUUUAAUGUGCUUGGCCUUCCUCACUGGAAUCAACAGAGUAGCAGAGUAUCGAAAUCACUGGUCAGAUGUAAUAGCAGGAUUUGUAAUUGGAAUAUCUAUAGCAGUAUUUUUGGUUGUUUGUGUGGUAAAUAACUUCAGAGGACGUCAGCCAGAACAUGAACAUUCUCAUCUGGAUAAUCUGACCCAGAUGCCCAUGAUCAGCAUACCCAGAGUAGAAAGCCCUUUAGAAAAGAACCACAUCACGGCCUUUGCAGAAGUCACAUGAUGUUGACGCUGAUGUGUAUUCACUCCACUGGACUUCAUCUCUUUUCACAGCCCACACAUGAUAUUUGCAGAGUAUCAAAAAUAAGAAAUUUUUAGAAGUCCUCUUUCUGACUUGAUUUUUACAUCACUAAAAUGAUACCAACAUUUUGAAGAAUUCUUAAAUAUUAGAACGUCACUUUACUUUCUAGCAAAAAUAUUAACUGUUUACUUUUAUGAUGGAAUGGGACAAACUGAGCACUAAUUAUCUGACAUUACCCUGUAUUUUGGCUUCUCAUUGUUUUCAAUGGUUCAUGUACCUAUUCCAACAGUACUUUGUAUUUUGAUUUAACUUUGAUUUUUAAAAUCUACAUUUUUAAUUCCGCAUGAACUUGUUUCCAUUUGAGGCAAUUUCAAUGUAUAAAAACUAGACAAAUAUUAUGUUCUGUAUGAAAAUGCUGUUUGCACAUUGUAUUACGCUGUAUUCCAUGUAAGAUAUCAUUCAAACGGUAUGUUAUAUGUAAGACUGGUGCUUCUGCUUUUGAAGAGAAAAAAAUGCCAAUUUUUACUGUAAUAAGUAUUGUAUCAUAAUUAAAAGUUUAUUUAUUUGGAUAUUUUCCUGACAUAAUUGUAGUUGAAUUGUUGUUUUGUAGUUCUUGAAUGUCUUGGAUGACUUAUAUGUAUCUAGGUUAAAAGAAGUGAGAAUAAUUUAGAGAGUUUGAUCUUUGAUAUAUUCUUUAUUACUAAUGAUAUCCCAGGAAAGGUUAAGGGCUCCAUUCUUAGCUUAGCAUAUCUGAUGGGAAGCCGUGCUAUUCAUAAAUCAUUUAAACAAAUUACUCAAGGCAGCCUGCAUCUUCUCAUGAUUGUUGUACUCCCUGAUACUGUGCUGGGAGAAUGGGUGCUAAGAUAAGAAGAGGGUCACCAGCUUAGUGAGAAAAGUUCAUCUGAGUUUCUACUCUCCAUUUUCAUGGAAAACUCCUGGAAAAACCAAAAUGUCUCAAUUAAUUUUUUUUUUUCAGCCUAACUGACCAGGACAGGCAGACUUUCUCUCUACAAAUCCUUGUAUGUCUGUGUUUGAGGCUCAUAUUCUUAAAAAAAAAAAAGAAAGAAAAAAAAAUCCUCUGCCAGCCUGUAUGGUGUUGACAAAUUGAUUUUUCUUCAACAUCAGCCAGUGUUACCAUAUCUCUGUUAUUGCUGUGAAUAUUCAGCUUAACCACCCCCUUUGGAAGAGUCUUGCUUACUAUUCAUAGUGAAAUUGUCCUGUAAAAAUUGAGCACCAAAUGGAUCUGAAUAUUCUAAAGACAUUGUUAACAUGUGCCAGGCAGUGUCCCUCUGGCAAGAGCAGAUAAAAUGCAGCACUAGAGAAACAUUGAGAACACUUUUGGUCAGUGCAGGCUGUUGAGCAUUUUAGGCCUUAAAUUUUCCAGAGUUCAUUGUAUUUCCUGUGCAUUAAUCAUUGUUAGAGUGUGUUUGAAACACAAUGAUGUAGAAUCAGGUGUAUUUUUUCUAUGAUGAAUUUUAAUGUAUUCUCAUAUAGUCAUCAGGUAAUGCCUGCUUUUACUUUGUUUUAACCUCUGCUUUCACUAAAAUACAACUACCUAAAGAGUGCUUGGCAAACACGGCAAGGCCAAGUCAUCUCUGAGUGCAAUAGAACAUAUGCCACAAAGUCAUUGUGCUAAGCUGAGAAUUAAGAGAUUGAAGAAAUAUGUCUGUGGGGAGAAAAGACCUAGAAUAGAGUCCUUAGCUACAGCUAGGUUACUUAGGUGAUUGAAAAUCCACCUUUAUUAGACUAUCAACUGUGUUUACAAAAUUGUAGUAGAUCCAAAGUUUGUAUCACCGUGUUAAACUCACUUACCCUGCUCUUAGUCUAGCUAGUUAGGUUCCAAGGUACUAAUGAUUUCUCUGUGUGCAGAUUUAAAUGAAAUGUUCACUCAUUUUUGCAUGGUAGCAAAUCUGCGUUUUUUAUAUCUGAUUUAUAAGAUUACCAAGAGAUUCUUUUAUGUUAAAAGAGAUGACUCUUUUGCAGUGUACUGUAUAUCAUCAGCUUGUAACUGGUCUCUUUCUCAGGAUCUUUCCCAGUCAAAUAUUUGGGUUAAAAUUAUCAUACUAUCUCUGUGAACCAGCAGUGAGAAAACAAAAAGAGAGACACUCUGCUGUAUAAUGUAUUUUUAAAUAAAAUAAUUUUUCAUUCA